GCGUCGCUGUGAGCUUCAUGAGUCCCAUGCCUUGUCUUGUUUGGCUCCGAGAAAAAUCAAUUCGAAAGAGACGAAGAAGCUCGAAGCAUAAAGACGAAGCUAAUUUACGCAUCGUACAGCUUACAUCGUGCACCUAAAUCUCAGUUCCGCAGUUGCUUCUUCUUUCUCAAGUACUUGGGUCGAUCAAUUAUCAAUUUCAAAUUUCAAUUUCUUCCGAUUGGGGAAUUUGGCGUGCUUGGAUCUGCACCAAUUGGUGUGAGAAUCCGUCUUCGUUCGUUAUCUAUCGAUCGAUUUUGUAUAAGUUACUGUUUCUGAUUCGGUUUUGAUUUUGGUUGUGGUUUCAAAUGAUCAAUGGAGAGGAGGAAUCGUCGAGAGUUGAGUCUCUAGAUUUUACUGAUCAGUUACUGCAGAAGGAAAGUGGUGGAGAUGCUUCACCAGGUUCAUCGUUACAUUACUCGUCUUGCGGUGAAUCAGAGUUUGAGCGGUAUUGUAGUGCUAAUUCGGCUUUGGGAACGCCGAGUAUGUGUAGCUCUACAGGACCGUUUCAGGAUUCGUUGGAAUCUGAAUUUGGAUCUUUCAAGGGAGGACUUUUUUCUGGGGAUGCCACUGAGUUUGAGAAUUUUAGCUUGGGGCCAAGUCUAAUAAAGCUCUCCUCUUUGGAUAACACACGAGGAAUCCAGUUUUCUGAUGAGGGUGGGUCUUGUAAUGGUAGAAUUACUAUUGCACCUGGUUUAAACACCGGUAUGAUUCAAGAAAGUGGAUAUAGUGAAGAUAUGUCUGGUGAGUUGAUGGACAGUGAAGCAACAAUUGAAAAAGAUUCCAUGAAUCAGUUAGGUGAAAUGGAAAAUAAGGAGGUAAUGUGUAGAUCAGAUUCACAAUUCCAUACAAAUGGUAUAAAUAGAGAGGAUGGAAGUUCGAUAGAUGAUGGACAUUCUGAUGGCGAUGACUCACUUAGUGAUACAAGUGAUCAUUCUGGUAAAUAUGUUCCCCGGAAUUUACAGUAUAUAAAGGAGCCUAAAGAUGAGAAAGAUAAUCCAUUUCUCAUCAAUUCUUCCACUGCCUUUGGCACAAAUGAUUGGGAUGAGUUUGAGCUUGAAGCCACAGAACUUGUUGACACUCAUUUUGACUUCAGCGGGUUUGAGAAUCACGAUAAAGGGUGUACUGGAAGUGAAGGGACAUCCACAAAUUCAUUUUCCGUAGCUUUACAAAAGCUUCCAGAUGUAGCUCAAGCAGGAAAAGGGGAAGAGCAUACAAAUGUAACUGUGAGCACUAGACAUGCUCCAGAUGUAGGUGAAUUUUGUUCAAAUAUUGACGAUAUACUAAGGUCUAGAGAUUUAACUGUCUCAACUCAAAGGGAACAAGGUGACGUAGGAAACGACAGCAUAACUGCCAGAGGUUUUGGAGACCUGAGUCCCAAAGACAGAACCUUAGUGGUUCCUCAAUCACUAGUAACAGAUGAGUCUCUUCAUGACAGCUGUCUUAGCAACAAUCAAACUAAAGAUAGACCUGUCGUCAUGAAUUACCUUCAAUCUUCUAGCGCUGACGACUUCCUCGACAUUACACCAGUUGAGUUAGGAAACGAAGAAUUUUCAGGUGGGGUUUGUGACCUAGAUGCCAAUGAACUACUUCAUGAAUCAUCUGAGAAUGGAAAACAGUCAGAUACAUUUGAAGAGUGCACCUCAGAACAGUUGUUGGCAUCUCAGAACUCGGAUAAGCCUUCAUCUAGAGAUUCACAUCCUGUAUCAAAUGCCUUACAAGUCACUUACGGACAACCUAAGAAGGAGAACACAGAGCUUAAUGACUUUUAUGAUGAUUUUGUUCAUGAUAUGGAAGAGAUACUGCUAGACUCUGGUGAAUCAUCUGGGGCAAGAUUUUCUAAGAAUGACAAGAUGUUCCAACUACAGCUCUCUCUGCCUAACAGGGAUGGGGGGCAAACUGCUACAACAUCUGGUCUUGAUGAUUCAUCUCCAAUAGUUUCCCAGCGAUUUAGGAUUGAUAGGGUUGAAGUUGUCGAGGUAAAGAAAAAGAAAGGUGAUGUCUCGCUGAGUGAAAGAUUGGUUGGGGUGAAGGAAUACACAGUAUAUGUCAUAAGGGUUUGGAGUGGGAAAGACAAGUGGGAAAUUGAAAGAAGGUAUCGUGACUUUUAUAGUCUCUACCGUCGGUUGACAUCUUUAUUUGCUGAUCAAGGCUGGACGCUUCCUACACCUUGGGCCUCUGUAGAGAAAGAAUCCAGGAAAAUAUUUGGAACGUCCCCCAAUGCUGUUGCUGAAAGGACUGUCCUUAUUCAAGAUUGUUUAAAUUCAGUUCUCCAGUCCCGGUUUUUUCCCACACUUCCAAAUGCGUUACUAAGGUUUUUGUGCCCUCAAGAUGCAUGUGCUAAUUCUUCUGGGUCGGAUUCUAUAGUAUCUCCAACAUGCUCUGAUGGCAUCACUGCUACCGCAACCAGUUCUUCGUAUGGAAAUACCAUCUCGUUCAUUGUUGAUGUUCGGCCUCACAAAUCAGUAAAGCAGUUGCUAGAAGCGCAGCAUUAUAUUUGCGCUGGAUGCCACAGAUACUUUGAUGAUGGAGCCACUCUUGUUCGGGACUUUGUGAAUGCUCUUGGAUGGGGUAAGCCUCGGCUUUGCGAAUAUACUGGUCAAUUGUUUUGUUCUUCCUGCCACACAAAUGACAUGGCAGUUCUACCAGCAACAGUGUUACAUCAGUGGGAUUUUCAUCGUUAUCCAGUUUCUCAGUUGGCAAAAUCAUAUCUGGACUCCAUACAUGAGCAGCCUAUGCUUUGUGUCAGUGCAGUCAACCCUUUUCUGUCCUCGAAGGUCCCUGCACUCAACCAUAUUAUGAGUGUCCGGAAAAGAAUAACUAUUAUGCUUCCAUAUGUACGCUGCCCAUUCCGCAAGACACUUAACAAAGGACUCAGUUCUCGGAGAUACCUUCUUGAGAGCACUGAUUUUUUUGCUUUGAGAGAUCUAGUUGAUCUUUCUAAAGGGCCAUUUGCUGUUCUUCCUGGAAUCGUGGAGACUGUUAGGAGAAAAAUCCUGGAGCAUAUUACAGAACAGUGCCUUGUUUGUUGCGAUGUUGGGGUUCCCUGUAAUGCCCGGGAAGCUUGUGAUGACACAUCCUCUUUAAUAUUUCCAUUCCAGGAGAAAGAUGAGGUUAACAAAUGCCGGUCUUGUGGUUCAGUGUUCCACAAGAGAUGCUUAGCAAGACUCUCAAACUGCCAUUGUGGAGCACAACUAAAGCCGAACAAGAGCCCUGGAGAGCUGCAAGUAUCGGAGAAGAAAUCAGAUUCUACGUCUGUCUUGCCUUUACGAUUCCUCUCAGGUUUAUUUGGAAAGUCAAAACAAGACAAAGAAACAACUAUUCUAAUGGGUUCACUUCCAAGCAACGAUCUAUAGAUAUGAUUCUUUUGUGUAUGUGUGUAAAACAUGUCUUCUGUAUUGUAAAACCUCAGCUUAACUGCAAGAAUAUAAACAUACCUUCUUGUACCUUU